AUUCACACGAAAACAGUAGAAAGCAAGUUCCACCGUAUCAUUCUCUCUCUCUCUCUCUCAGCCCUCCCCUUAAGUUUGCGUAUUCAAUUAAACACAUUGAAGCUGUUUAAAAAAAAAGGACGUAGUAGACUUGACGGGAACCCGGAAAAUUGCACCUGAAAUUGUUACCUACUCGCAGAGAGUGUGCAGCAAACAGCGCCUCAACUUCAACCUUGUGGAGGGCAAGAGAAAGUCCCGGACUGGAAUCCAGGAGCCUGGCCGAUCCAAACCACGAACUGGAUCGGGCUCGCCAGCCGCAGGAUGGAUAGGAGCCUGUUGCUGUCGGCGGCUCGGUGACGCUGCUCCGGCCACCGCUCGAUCACAAUCCCCGGGGGUGUGACGAGGCGACAGCUCCGUCUGAAGCUGCUGCUUUCUGUGAGAGGGACCCGAGUGAGUCCUACCAAGCUGCCCGCCCGAUGGGAUCUGAAGAGGGGAGCCUGGGUGAGAAGUUACUGGAAGAGGAGGAGACUGAACCCCAGCCCGGGGGCUCCGUGCGGGUCUUACAGAAGAGAAAUGGACGAGCACUGCCAUUCUAUCGGAAGAUCUGCUUUGCUGUUGGAGGUGCACCGUAUCAAAUGACAGGAAAUGCUAUUGGUUUCUUCCUCCAGAUAUUCCUGCUGGAUGUUGUUCAGAUGGAGGCUUUCUAUGCAUCUCUCAUUUUGUUCAUUGGCCGGGUUUGGGAUGCUUUCACUGAUCCCAUUGUUGGAUUCCUCGUCAGUAAAAGCAAAAGGACAAGAUUUGGAAAGUUGCUUCCUUGGAUAUUAUUUUCCAUGCCAUUUGGAGUUGCUUCUUAUUUCCUGUUGUGGUUCAGUCCUUCUUACACAAUGUCCUGGAAAUAUAGUUUCUUCUGGUAUCUUAUGACCUACUGUGCAUUUCAUACCUGCAUGAGUUGUUUCCACGUGCCAUAUUCUGCUCUAACCAUGUUUCUUGGCGGUGGACAGCGUGACAGGGAUUCAGCAACUGCAUACAGGAUGGGAGUGGAGGUUAUAGCAACACUGGCUGGAGCUGCUAUUCAAGGUCAGAUUGUGGGAGCAUAUCACAUACAAACUGCUGAAACGUGCCGCAUGAUGCAGAAUGGAACAGAACUCAACAGCACCUCCCCUUUGGUAAACAGCCUCAAUAACACGAAAUGGGCUUACAUGCUGGCAGCUAUGGUGAUUGGGAGCCUUUACUUUCUCUGUUCGUUGAUUCUAUUACUUGGAGUAAAGGAGCACACAGGAUGUUUUGCUCCAAAAGAUCACUUCCAUAUGUCAUAUGUAACAGGCCUGAAGCUGGUAAUGAGCCACAAGCCAUACCUAAGCCUGACAUUUGGCUUUUUAUUUAUCUCAUUAGCUUUUCAGCUUGUCCAGAAUAACUUUGCUCUGUUUUGUACCCACGCUGCUGGUUUGGGAAAUCACUUCCAGCACAUCAUCUUUGUGAUUCUGGUCUCUGCAACUGUCAUGGUGCCAUUCUGGCAGUGGGUCUUGGUAAAAUUUGGAAAGAAAAUAGCACUGUUUGUUGGACUUAUUUGGUACAUUCCACCUUUGAUCAUCAUCGCUACAGUUAAUGGUAAUCUGCCAGUUAUUAUUGUCAUGGCCAUCGCUGCUGGUGUUAGUCUUGCCGUUGCUUUCCUGUUACCAUGGUCAAUGCUCCCAGAUGUGGUGGAUGAUUUCAGAGCAAAGAACCCUCAUUGUGUAGACCUUGAACCAUUGUUCUACUCGUUCUAUGUGUUUUUCACUAAAUUUGCUGCUGGAGCUUCCCUUGGAUUUUCAACUUUAUGUUUGCAUUUUUCAGGUUACAGACCAGGUUCUUGUGAAUACAUUUCUGCUGUGGCAAGGACGCUGAAGGUGUUGAUAGCUCCAGUUCCAAUAACCCUGUUGCUGAUUGGUUUAAUAAUAUUUUACUCUUACCCAAUAAAUGAGGCACGAAGAAAAGAAUUAAAGAUGGAGCUUGAAGGAGUUGUGAAAAGCUGGGAAGUGGAACUGGAAGAGAAUACACUUUAAAAACAACCCUGCCCAUUGUAAGAACUGAGAUCUUUGCAGAUUCUGCCUUCAGUUGGAUUGAGAUGCAGAAUUCUUGGAAUGCAGAUGUAUGAGCUAGUGGUCACCAAAGUAUGCCUCCUUGUGUAUAUUAUUAAAUGUGGCUCAUGGUGGAGCUGUCAUAUAGAGACGGGUCUAAAAUGCAAACAGAAGGAGACAGCAACAAAUCAAACAUCUCUUUACCUAACAGGGCUGCACCACAACCCAAAACUGAAAUAAAGGGAGUUUAUGUCGUUAAUUUUUUUUACUUUAAAAUAACAUUGUCCAGUUUGUAUCAAACGACACACUAUUUCAGUCCUCUGCAGGAUGACUUCCUGAGAAGAGUUGAGCAAUCUCUAGUGUUUUAAGUAGAGGGGUACAGGCUGUGAGAAUGACCUACCAACUUCUCCCUUGAUCUUUGCUAUUCUUUAAGUCCCAAUUAAAGCCACCAUGAAAGUAAACAGAAGAUAGAAUGGAAUCUUAAACUUUGGUAGUCACAUGCAAUAAAAAGGAGUUGAAUUUAUUCAAUCAUAGUUGAUUGGUUGGCCAAGUGAUAAAUGGGUGAAAUUACAGGAUACUGUUUGAAAGAAUGAUGUGUAUAAAGUUUGAAUGGUCUGUUUUCAGCUCUUGUAAACCAAUUGAUAAACACGUUGAUUAUUUUCAGUUUAGUUCCUCUCAUCACCUCUUCUAUACUGACCAGCAUAGGGAAAGAUUUUUUGUAUGUUUUGGAGCAAACCUCUACAUAAUAAAUACAUUUGUUAAAAGGAGUUCACUUAUUAAAUGCUGCCACAAACAAAUCUUAACAUAGGAAUCAAGCAUUGUGGGAGAGGUAUACUCAAUUUAAUCCUGUAAUCAUAGCCUAAUCCUUAAACACCUCCCCCCAACCUUUGUCUUUUAGUUUUUGCACUGAACCAUUAUCUGAAAUAAUAGUAGCACAUUAUAGCUAAAUCAUUACACAACCAAGACUCUUGAGAUUGAGCAAUUUAUCUUUGAAAAUUAAACGAAAAUAAUGCCCUUGAGACAAAUACUGAUUAUUCCUCUGUAAACAAGGAGAACACAGCUGAGCUUCAGCCUGUGAACCAAACUAACGUUUACAAUAAAAUACAUCAGUUAUAGGAACUAAGUCAUCUGCUAUGAGAUGUCUAAGAAUUGUAUUGAUACAUUAAAAAUCCUUUUAAAAAACUUGGGAGAUUAUUUGAAUUCUCACUUUCAGGAUGACUCAUUGUGCUUUUUAAAUCUGUACUGCAUAGUUAGUGGUGAUUUUGAAAAUAUGGUACUGUUGAAACUGUUUUGAAGCACUGAUGUAAUUAACAUUACAAGCAGUUUCUAGGGCAGGAAGCUAAACACAAUGACUUCCUCCUCCCAUUUAUGACUAACAUUUAAUGACUUGAAAAAAGAAAAAUUAAGCUGAGCGUUUAUAUUUGGAUACUGAAGGACCUUUAAGUGCUGUCCAAGAAUCAGUAGGAUUCAUCAGAGUUGGUGUGACAUAUAAGACUAAAAUUAAUGUGAUGUAACUCAUAAAACAUGUUUAUUAAUACUUGACUACAGCAAAUAAUUUGACUGAGUCACGAUCUAUAUUCAUGUUUAGUAAAAUUUUCCAUCUCUGUGGAAACUUGUCGACGUUGUCAUGAAGUCCAGUGAGCAAAAUUAUUUCAUACAGUAAAGGUAAUCUAUACCAGUGUUUGUAUCUAAUAACCAGUGUAGUUACCCAAAUGGAAGGAUGGAGGGAGAAAUUCAACAUCAUCUUAGAUGGGUGAAGCAACCAUUGGAGGCAUAUAGAAGGCUAACUGGAACAUUACAAAUUGUUUCAGAUUAUGCUCCCUGUAUGUUUCCAGUGAUUGUUUAUGUCUGUGUUGUAUAUAUUUAGAAGAUUAAAUUAUUGUAACUAUAUUUCUGAAAACAUGGUUUUUUUUAAAAUGAAUGUUCUCAAGUUUAUAUAUUUUAUAUUCUAAAUUUGUAGCCUGGGAUUUAACAUUUUUUUUUCUUUGCU